UGUUGAUUUUUUUUGGAAAGGGAGUGUUAAGUGAUUUAUUAGAUAAUCGAAAACAGAGGAUCUUGAAGACUAUUCAAAAUUCAGAAGAAUUACGCCGGGGGGCCCUAGACCAGUUAGAAAAAGCCCGGGCCCGCUUACGGAAAGUAGAAAUAGAAGCGGAUCAAUUUCGAAUGACUGGAUACUCUGAAAUAGAACGAGAAAAAUUGAAUUUGAUUAAUGCAACUUCUAAGACUUUGGAACAGUUAGAAAAUUACAAAAAUGAAACCAUUCAUUUUGAACAACAAAGAGCAAUUAAUCAAGUUCGACAACGGGUUUUUCAACAAGCCUUACAGGGGGCUCUAGGAACUCUGAAUAGUUGUUUGAACAAUGAAUUACAUUUACGUACCGUCAGUACCAAUAUUGGCAUGUUUGGAACGGUGAAAGAAAUAACGGAUUAGUCCUUCUACUGCAGGCAUUAUUUUUUUCUUACAAAAAAAAAAAAAAGAAAUACUCAUGGUAACCAUUCGAGCAGAUGAAAUUAGUAAUAUUAUCCGCGAACGUAUUGAGCAAUAUAACCGAGAGGUAAAGGUUUUAAAUACGGGUACUGUACUUCAAGUAGGAGAUGGCAUUGCUCGUAUUUAUGGUCUUGAUGAAGUAAUGGCAGGUGAAUUAGUAGAAUUUGAAGAGGGUACCAUAGGAAUUGCUCUGAAUUUGGAAUCAAACAAUGUUGGUGUUGUAUUAAUGGGUGACGGUUUGAUGAUACAAGAGGGGAGUUCUGUAAAAGCAACGGGAAGAAUUGCUCAGAUCCCAGUAAGUGAGGCGUUUUUAGGUCGUGUUGUAAAUGCACUGGCUAAACCUAUCGAUGGUCGGGGCGAAAUUGCAUCCUCUGAAUCCCGGUUAAUUGAGUCUCCUGCUCCUGGUAUUAUUUCGAGACGUUCUGUAUAUGAGCCCCUUCAAACAGGACUUAUUGCUAUUGAUUCGAUGAUCCCUAUAGGGCGUGGCCAGCGGGAAUUGAUUAUUGGGGACAGACAGACCGGUAAAACAGCAGUAGCUACAGAUACGAUUCUCAAUCAACAAGGGCAAGAUGUAAUAUGUGUUUAUGUAGCGAUUGGUCAAAAAGCAUCUUCUGUGGCUCAGGUGGUGACUGCUUUACAGGAAAGGGGGGCAAUGGAAUAUACUAUUGUGGUAGCUGAAACGGCGGAUUCCCCGGCUACAUUACAGUACCUUGCUCCUUAUACAGGAGCAGCUCUGGCUGAAUAUUUCAUGUACCGUGAGCGACACACUUUAAUCAUUUAUGAUGAUCUCUCCAAACAAGCGCAGGCUUAUCGCCAAAUGUCUCUUCUAUUACGAAGACCGCCGGGCCGCGAAGCGUAUCCAGGAGAUGUUUUUUAUCUACAUUCACGCCUUUUGGAAAGAGCUGCGAAAUUGGGUUCUCUUUUAGGUGAAGGAAGUAUGACUGCUUUACCAAUAGUUGAGACCCAAUCGGGGGAUGUUUCGGCUUAUAUUCCUACUAAUGUAAUUUCCAUUACAGAUGGACAAAUAUUCUUAUCUGCUGAUUUAUUCAAUGCUGGAAUCAGACCUGCUAUUAAUGUGGGUAUUUCUGUUUCCAGAGUAGGAUCGGCAGCUCAAAUUAAAGCUAUGAAACAAGUAGCUGGUAAAUUAAAAUUGGAAUUGGCGCAAUUUGCAGAAUUAGAAGCCUUUGCACAAUUUGCUUCUGAUCUCGAUAAAGCUACUCAGAAUCAAUUGGCAAGAGGUCAACGAUUACGUGAGUUGCUCAAACAAUCCCAAUCCGCCCCCCUUGCGGUGGAAGAACAGAUAUUGACUAUUUAUACCGGAACGAACGGUUAUCUUGAUUCAUUAGAAAUUGGACAGGUAAGGAAAUUUCUUGUUGAGUUACGGACUUACUUAAAAACGAAUAAACCGCAGUUCCAAGAAAUCAUAUCUUCUACAAAGACAUUUACCGAGGAAGCGGAAACCCUUUUGAAAGAAGCUAUUCAGGACCAAAUGGAACGUUUUCUACUUCAGGAACAAGUAUAAAGAAAGUGAUUGCUUUGAAUCUUGAUCAAUUUUUCUAUUAAUUAGAAAUUAGAAUCUUUCUAUAUAAUCUUUAGAAUAUGCUUUUAUAUUAUGAUCUUAUGACUUUAUAUUAUAGUUUAUAAUAAAGUUUAUUAGAAAUUCGAAAUUUAAUAUAAAAAAAAAAACGGAUUAAUUUAUAAGACGU